AUGGCCAAAAACCCAGUUCGAGUUCUUGUCACUGGUGCCGCUAAUUUUUUUAAUAAGGGUCAACUCCAUGAAAUGAUGUUAAAUACCGAGUUCAUCACCACUGUGCAGCAGCGCGGUGCAGCCAUUAUUAAGGCUCGGAAGCUAUCAAGUGCAUUAUCUGCUGCAAGUUCCGCUUGUGAUCACAUACGUGAUUGGGUUCUUGGGACUCCUAAGGGGACAUGGGUUUCAAUGGGAGUGUACUCUGAUGGUUCUUAUGGAAUUCAGAAAGGCCUAAUUUACUCCUUCCCUGUUACAUGCGAGAAAGGACAACGGUCAAUUGUGCAUGGACUCAAGAUUGACGAGUUCUCGAGGGGGAAGUUGGAUGCAACUGCAAAAGAGCUCAUUGAGGAGAAAUCGUUGGCCUACUCAUGUCUUAAUUUAAAAUGA